GCAUAACUAUGUGCCACGAAUUUAUAAUUAGCGGUCUUGUAAGGCCUAUGUGCGACGGAAAUACGGUUUAAAUGAUGUUGCUUUUUUAAAAGCCGUUGAUUGCUUACGAUUCGUACGUUAUGAAAUAAGUGUUUUUAAUAGAUUGAUAUGUGGUGAUAUAUGAUAAACGAUCGAAAUGCGUUGUGACAUGUGACUUUAUCUGAUAAUAAAUAAUAUUGAAAGAUGUGGUUAAAUGGGGUAUCUAUAUGUUUUUCGGUUUAAUUACCAGAUGGUGUAAAAUGGUCAUCACAACUCAACUAAUAAGCUGAUAUAGUUAACACUCAAGUACGCAUACACAUAACGAGCGAAAUGGAACUACCAAAAGGAGCCAAAAUCACCCACGCUGGACUGCUACAGCAUAGUCCGGAUGGAAAGACGGAGAUUCAGAAGAUCACCCAGGCUGGUCUGGUUGCUCGUUCGCCGGAAGGAACGGCCGCCAAGGGAAUGAACAUUCGAGGAAAUGAAGACUUGUGGGUGGAAAUUCAAGCGAAUACAUUCAAAAACUGGGUGAACGAGCAUUUGCGAGAGUCGGGUUUGCGGGUAACCGAUUUUCAUGAUGACUUCUGCAAUGGUACAUAUCUGUGUGCCCUGGUGGAAGCCUUGCAAAAGAGACCACUCAAACCAACGUGGAACAAAAGACCUGCAAAUCAACAUCACUAUUUGGAGAAUGCUACCACGGCAUUGAACGCCAUCGAAGCAGAUGGAGUAAAGCUAGUCAAUAUCGGGAACGUUGAUAUUAUCAACGGUAACGUCAAACUGAUUCUGGGUCUCAUCUGGUCCUUAAUUGUGCGCUAUCAGAUCGGUCGAAGUAAGUUCCCACCCAGAAAAUUAAUGCUGGCAUGGCUACAGGCUGCUCUUCCGGAUUGUAAGGUCACGAAUCUAACGAGCGACUGGAACAGUGGAGUGCUACUGUCGGCUUUGCUGGAUUACUGCGAGCCGGGAAUAUUUCCCCACUGGCGUACGUUGGAUGGGAACGAUUCGGUCAGGAAUUGCGAACGUGCCAUGAACAUCGCCUACGAACGGUUCGGAAUACCGAAAGUGUUGGAGCCGGAGUAUCUGGCAUCCAGUUGGCUGGAUGAGCUCUCUGGUAUGACCUACCUGUCGUACUUUAUGAGACCGGAUGGGCCAGGGUACAAUGCCACGAUGAGAUGGGUUAACAGCAGCAUUAAAACACCGGUCUCAAACUUUACGACGGAUUUCAACGACGGAAAGGUGUUUUGUGAGAUAAUCAAAGAUCUAGGAGGACCAGUUCCCGACCCUAGCAAACUAAGCUCAGAUCCAGCUUUAUGGGAAAAUAACCAGAACAAAGUCAUUGAAGGUGGUCUAAAGCUGGGCGUGAAACCGGUGCUAUCAGCUAAGGAUAUGGCAACCGCGGAUGAAGAACAUCUAGGCGUAAUGGCCUACACUACUUGGUUGCGUUGGGUCAUUCCAAGACCGCCCUUGGCCGACAUGUUGGCGGUGCACUUAGAGAGCACAUCGGGAAGAAUUGGGGAACCGACGCGAUUUGGAGUGGAAGUGCUCUCAAGGGAAAUUGAACUUUCGAAGGUGAAAGCGUUUGUUGGUACACCGAAUAGUAAAGUUCUCCAACCGGUGAAAUUAAACUCCAGAGGAGAGGGAGCAUACAUACCGGAUAAGUACGGAAUGCACGAGAUUAUUCUAGAGGUUGACGAUAAUCAACUGGGUGGCCAUUUCUUCCGAGUUUUGCCACGAUUGGUGCACGUGGCUCCACCCGGAAUGGCACCAUGUGCCUUGGGCAGCCUAGUUGAGGUUCUCGUCAACGCCACCGGUGCUCCUAAGUUUGAGGAUAUUCUAGUGACGGCGUACAGUCCAUCCGGAAGGCCGUUGAAAUGCCCGUUAAAAAAGAUCGACCACGGUCACAGUGCCAUAUUCAAGCCGGACGAAGCCGGUAUCUGGGAGAUUGCCAUAACCUAUCAGGGACGCCAUAUACAGGGAGGUCCCUUCAGCUGUUCGGUGUUCGACCCGAGCGGUGUCUCCGUGCACGGUCUGGACGGUGCCAUGCCUCUGCGGGCCCACUCGUUCGAGGUGGAUGCUCGCGGUGUUGGAGUAAAUGGCGAGCUGCACGUCGAUAUUGUACACGACAAACGGUCGCUCGUCUGCUCGGUGGAAAAACUGCAGGAAAACAAGUAUCAGGUGACGUUCAUGCCACGCCAGAACGGCAAGCAUCGGGUGUACAUCUACUUCAAUGGAUACGACGUUAAAGGAUCACCGUAUAUUAUGCGCGUUGGCAGUAAGGGUCGCUCGGGAAAAACUAGAAGCAGUCCAAACCACGACAGCAGGAUGAGAUCUGAAAGUCCAUCGUAUCAUUUCAAUACAACAUCUUUGAACAGGAAGAACGAAACCAUACGCAGGGAACUUUAUUCCCCGCAGACAGUACAGGCCACUCGACUGACCUCACCGAUGCGAGAGACUCCGUCUCCUCGAGAGGUUCACAACAGUAGCUACAGAGGCGAGUACAAGAACGUUUCAUCGAACAAUGAUCAUGGCUUUAAGAAAAAUACAGAAUCACUGGUAAAUGAUGUAAGAACUCCAACCAAGGACGAAGGUUAUAACUACGUCAAAACCAUUCGUACGGAAAAUCAUGUUACGAAGACAAUCCGCCAGCACCGGGACUCGGAAAGUCCGAGUUUGAUUCGAGCUAGUCCUAGCCUGAAAAGUCCACAAACGGUUUCGUCAACGAUUUACGAAACAAAUAACUCGAGAAACGCCACUGCUAGUCCCAAAUUCUACACAUCCAGCACUCGUUACGUGCCUUCCCCAACGGUGGAUCAUCGCAUUUCAAGUCCGAUCAAUAUGCACGAGAAAAAUGAAACGUACAAAGUUACUGAGCGUGAGUCGUCCUACAAAAGUACAAUUACUCGUGACGUCAUUCGGGAUAGCCCACCUGGGGAAUUAUACAAAACGUCGCCGAUCGCGGCCGUUGACUAUUCGUCCAAUAUCAAGGUAACAGCAAACAAUUCUCCUUCGCGACGUGACAGUCGUGAUGUAAUUAACAAAACCAAGCACCUGUUUUCACACAAUUCCCUGGAAUCGCUAGCCAAUCUUUCGGAAAAGCAGUUGAAUACGGACUUGACCUACGACAGAACGGUUGAUCAUCAGACCGAGAAAAAUACGCAAUUCAAUAAAUUUUCACUGAAUGAAGGAAACUAUAAAACUGAUCGGAAGGUUAUUGAAGACGAUGGACUAUACCGUUCGGGAGGUUACUUGAAGAACUACAAAACCGAAUCGAAUUCACGCUAUGAAAAAUAUACCACGGUUAACAGUGGCUUCGAACCGAUUGGACGAGAUACCAUCGGUUCCAGAGCGAUCCGUGUUCAGGAUAUUCCAGACGGCGUUCUUGGUCGUCCGGUGGAGUUCGAAAUUGAUGGCUCGCAAGCCGGUUCCGGUAAUCUGGAGAUUCUGGUCAACGGAGGGCGCGUAACUUCCGCGGUCCGAGCUUUGGGUAAUCAACGUUUCAUCGCGAGUUUCACACCGCACGAGUCCGGCGUCCACACGGUGCAGAUAACGUUCAACGAGGAAACGGUACCAGGGUCACCGUGGAAUAUCAACAUCAUGUCCUCACCGGGGCUGACGGCUCUCGGUGAAUCCACCCGGUUGGUGCCGGCCAGCGUGCCGGCGGUUUUUGAGGUUCUGCCGCCUCCUGGAGCUUCGAUCCGGGGCAGUGACUGCGUGGCGACCGUGCUUUCGCCCAGCAAAAGCAAGGUUAACGCGCGAGUCACCCACGAGGCGGCCAACGGCGCUCUGCGGAUCGAGUUCGUCCCGAACGAGGUCGGCACGCACAUCAUCGAGGCAUCGAUCGGCGGUACAACCUUGGUCGGUGGUCCGUUGAUUGCGAAAGUGUACGAUUCCAGCUUGAUUCAGGUGACCGAUGUUAACGGAGGUGUGGUCGGUCAACCGUGUCAGUUCCGAGUGGAUGCCAGUGCGGCCGGUGAAGGCCAGCUGGAAAUAUCCAUCAACGAGGGCGAAGUCCCAAACCACGUGCAGGUAGUUGGUGGCGGCAGAUGUCUGGUGUCUUUCACUCCGGAACAGGCAAAGCCACAUUUGAUCGAUAUUAAAUUCAACGGAGAAACGGUGAUUGGAUGCCCGUUUGUAUGCUCAGUGGCUGACACAAGCCGAGUUCUGCUUAAUUUAUCCAACCUUGAGUUGAUACCGGUCAAUAGACCGGCUUCAUUUCAUAUCACGGUGAGCGGUGGCGGAGCUGCCGAACUUGCAGUAAGCGUUCGUGGUCCACAAGGAGAACUUCCCGUAAGGGUAACCGGUGAUAUUCAUGCAGGAUUCACAGCGGAAUUCACUCCAAACCAUGUCGGUGCCCAUACAAUCAAUGUGGAGUACAAUGGGUAUCCGGUUCAGGGUACACCGUUCGUGGCAAAAUCAUACGACGCGACCAAGGUUGCCGUGGGAUCAGUUUCGAAGGGAACCGUUGGUCGUCCGGUACAGUUUACGGUUGAUGCUGGCGACGCCGGUGAAGGAAAUCUGGAGAUUACAAUCUCCGCCAAAGGCCAUAACAUUCCCACCCAGGUUCACCCGCAAGGGAACGCCAAAUUUGCCGUAUCGUUCGUUCCCGCAGAACCAUGCGAGCACAUCAUCAACGUUUCCUUCAACAAAAUGCUUGUACCGGGCUGCCCAAUCACGGUUAUUAUCAACGGGGGAACCACCGGUCCGCAAGUUUCGCUGGGCGGUCCCGGACCGCUCCAUUUGCCGAAUUCGCUAAUCAUUAAUCACGCCGGAGGCCGCUUGGAGGACAUCGAGGUCAACGUCGAAGGACCUUCCGGUCACUCGGUGCCAGCGCAGGUGCUGCAGACGGCGGACGGAGUCUUCAAGGCGGAGUUUGUUCCGCGGGUCGUCGGCGAGCACCGAGUCAGCGUAACCGUCGAGGGUCAACCGACGGUCGGCAGUCCGUAUUCGGCUAAGGUCUACGAUGUCACCGCAAUCAAGGUGAAGAACGUCAACAAUGGUACCGUGGGAAAACCGGUCGUCUUUUUGGUGGAAACAUCUCAAGCGGGCCCAGGGAACCUGGAGGUUACCGUCAAUGGUGGUCGCGUUCCGACCUCGGCUCAAGCUCAAGGCCAGCAUACCUAUGCGAUUAGUUUUACACCACGGGAAGCCCAGAAUCACACCGUCGAGUUGAGAUUCAACGGACAGGAUGUUCCCGGAAGUCCUUUUACGUGCAAGGUUUCACCAGCAGCGCGAAUUGUUGCCAACGAAUUGAUGGAUAAGGUUAGUGUGGGACACGUGUUCGACUUUCUAGUGGAAUCGGACAUCUCUCCGGUUGUGGAGGUCCUAGGACCGGCAAGACGUGCCGUCCAUGCCGACGUCAUUCCCGUCCCCGACGGGUAUAAGGUUAAAUUUGAGCCGAUCGAGGUGGGUGAUCAUUCGGUGGAAGUUCGCUUGCCAGGAAGUGGCCAUGUAGAAGGAAGCCCAUUUUUACUCAAGGCAUACUCGGCGGAGAAGGUUGUUGUAACCGAUAUCAGACCGGGAAUCGUUGGAAAGAGUGUUAGUUUUGGAAUCAACGCCAGCCAAGCGGGAGCGGGAAAUUUGGAGAUAAUCGUUGCGGUUGGAGGAAAGAAUGUGCCGAAUUUCGUUCAAUCGGAGGGUAACGCUCGGUUUAAGGUUAAUUUUAAACCUACGGAAGCGGCCACCCAUUCGCUGUCGGUGCGGUUCAAUGGUUAUCCGGUUCCAGGAUCACCAUUUGCUUGUCACGUAACGCACGCUCCGUUGUCACUUUCGAGAGCAAUCGCCACCGGGGAGUCACUAAGACAGGCGCCAGUUAAAUGUGAGAAUAUUUUCGAGCUUGAAGGAUUCGAUGGAAUUGAUCCUCAGGUGUUGAUCACGUCUCCCUCGGGUGAUACCGUUUCAUGCCGAGUAUCGUACAGAGAUGAUAUCCAUUUGGUGUCAUUCGUUCCCACGUCAGUGGGAAGACACCUGAUUAGUGUUACUGCCAACGAUCAGCAUAUCAGCGGGUCACCAUUCUCGUGUAAUGUGUUUGACGUUUCACGGGUGGCAAUAAGUGGUCUUGAUCAUCACAAUACACUUGCGUCGCUUGGAGUUCCGUUGACUUUCAGCGUUGAUGCUGCAGGAGCUGGCGAAGGAACGCUGGAAUUGGUCGUAUCAACGGCGACCAGCACCGUGAAGGCCGAGGUGACAGCCUGUGCUAGAGGAUUGUAUGACGUGACAUUUGUACCGCAAACUUGCGAGCCCCAUUUCGUCAACAUUACUUUCAACGAUCUUUCCGUUGACGGAAGUCCAUUCCGAUGUGAAGUUCAGCAGAACACGCAACAUGUCCAGGUUGGAAAUAGUACUUUCAUAGAGUUGGUGGGCGAAGAUCAAAGCAUCGAGAUUUACGACCCAGACAACAAAAUGGUACCCUUCACUUUAUCUCGGAAGUCAGCCGAAUUUAAGGCCACAAAAAUUGGAAGCUACAUCGUUCGUUAUAUCGAUCAGGAGACGCGAUCAUUCAUCGCUGCGAGAACUAUCAACGUAUUUGAUCCAUCAAUGGUUAAGAUCGUCGAGGUGGGAGAAGCUUACUGUCAUAAGCCUGCCUCACUGGCCGUUUCGAUACUGGACGCCGGUCAGGGUACGUUGACUUCGGUAGUACGCUGCGGAGGCCUGGAAGUGCCCCAUUCAAUUCGAGGUCCAACCAAGAAUGGAACCUGGGAGAUUGUCUAUCACCCGGCUCGAGUUGCACCGCACAAGAUUAUGAUUUUGUACAACCAAGUUCCAAUCGCCAGUAAACCAAUUGAAAUCAAUGUUUUAGCACCAGCAAUGAGUAAAGAGAUCACCGUCAACGGUCUGGGAUUAUACCAGGCCCGCGUCGGUAAGACGACUUCGUUCGCCAUCGAUACCGUCGGUCAUCCGGCACGGGAGUUUGAUGUGGUCGUUUCUGGCCCGGGGGGUCAAGCUCUGCCAGUGCGCUGCUAUCAGACCAAGGGAGGCCAUCUGCAGGCGGAGUUCACCGUGCAGAAAGUUGGACAAUGCUUGAUUGACGUACUCCAUCAAUCGAAACCAUUGCCGGGAAGUCCCUAUACCUGUGAAGCGUACGACCCAUCGAGAAUUCACCUGCAGAAAGUGCCGAAGAUGAAUCUCUGCACCAACUCACCCAUCAGCUGGAACGUUAAAUCCGAAUCGGCAGGCGUUGCGGAAAUCGAGGUGACAGUACUCUCACCAACCGGUCAAAACGUACCCGUGAAGUUAACCCAACAGGAGGAUUACGAACAUCAAGUCGAGUUCUUGCCACUCAGUGCCGGACAUUACAAGGCCACAGUGAUGUACGGUGGGGAAAACGUGCCUGGUUCUCCGGUAACAUUCGCGGUUCAAGCGUUCGGUAACAAAACGGACAGUCAUGCAUCCGGGAAUGGGCUGGAAGUUGCCCAUCGUGGAAAGGAAACUUCUUUUGUGGUUUUCUGUCCAACUACGCCGAACGUUCAAAUCGAGCGGUUGGAUGAGCAAGCGGAAAGGAUUGAGCCUAAGAUCAAGAAUUUGGGUAACAACGAGUGGAAAAUUUUCUACACCAUUUUGACGGUUGGUGAGUACGAGAUACGGGCCAGUUGCACCAACCGUGGUCCAUUGCCAGGUUCCCCAUGGACUAUCGCUUGCUUGGAUCCGGCUAAGGUAACACCGAUUGGAGGAUGGGGCAGUUUACUCGAUAGUAACGGAAAGUUGUUACUGCCGGUUAAAAUCGCCUUCGAUACCAGCAUGGCAGGACCUGGUGAAUUGACCUGCUACGUGGAUGGUAACGAUGUGCAAGUCGAAAAACAAAACUCCGGCAGAAGUCUACUGUAUCUAACCGAUGAAGGUUUGUCGAAGGGAGAGCACAGCUUCGAUCUUACGUGGUCUGGUCUAUCGAUAUCUCAAAGUCCCGGAUAUGUUUUCGUAACUGGAAGUUCAUCUGCUGCCGAUAAGGUGGUCCUCACUGGAAGAGGCUUAACUUCUGCUCAAGUUGGUGAAAUCUCCCAUUUUACGAUCGACGCUUCGGAAGCCCUCUCGGGUAAGCCAGAGGUUCACAUGACCUUUGAAGACGGUGAAAAUCUUCCGGUAACACUUUUGCAACCUAGGCCAAACGAGUUAAUUUGGUUGGCGUCAUAUAAUCCGCAUAAAUCCACCGGUGGUCCGUUGAGUCUCUCGGUUGAGUGGAAUGGACGUCCGAUUAAGGGAUGCCCGCUAACUAUUUCGGUUGGACCGGCAGUCGAUGCCGCCAAAGUGUUGUGCUCUGGUGAAGGACUCCGAAAUGGUGUGGUUGGCCGAGACAUCAAAUCCUGGAUCGAUACACGCCGAGCGGGACCGGGAGAACUUACCGCUCACUGCGCUGGACCCCGUAAAGUUGCCUACUGCGAGCUCUAUGAUCAUGGUGAUGCUACCUUCACACUGAACGUUAAGCCCCAAGAGCCGGGAAGACAUGCACUAACUAUCAAGUACGGUGGCCAGCAUGUGCCUGGAUCUCCAUUCACCCUGCGAGUCGCAGGAGCUCCCGAUGCCAGCAAAGUUCGUGUCUAUGGACCAGGCAUUGAGCACGGUGUUUUAGCCACAUUCCAGUCUCGAUUCAUAGUGGAUACCAGAGGAGCCGGAGCUGGGCAACUAACAGUACGGGUACGAGGACCGAAGGGAGCUUUCCGAGUUGAAAUGCAACGAGAAAGCCAGAAAGAUCGGACAAUUCUCUGCAAGUACGACCCAACUGAACCGGGCGAUUACCGAGUGGAAGUCAAGUGGGCUGGCGAAUUGGUUCCAGGCUCUCCUUUCCCGGUGCUAAUCUUCGACACCCAAGAGGAGCUGAAACGAUUUUUGCAUGGAAACUGAUGAACCAUUCUAGUAUUUUUGUGCAGUUUGCUUACUUGUGUAAGAUGUUGACUAAUUUAUAUAUUAAAUGAAAGGCUCAAAUUUUCAACAGUUAUUUAACAACACAAAAACACAACCAGAAAAGACAUUCUUUAUUCACAAUUCGUUGCUGUACUAGCAAUUUAAUUCCAACCUUUCAAGAUGAGUUAUAAUAUUUAUUACAUGUUGUAAUGAAUAAACCACUGAUUUACUUCA